AGAAAACCCGUGAGGCUUAUAACGGCAGACGAAAAGUCGUACCGGUCGUCUUGAGAAGUCACUCUUUUCAGGUGGAGAUGAGUCCCGCAGGGGCAUCGCCGUUUCGGGGAGAACUUCGCGAGGAAUAGAACUUUUACGAGAGCAGCCGAGAAAACUCAUCUCGCUGUUUCUUCCGCUAUCGCAUCAAUCAGGUAGAUGAAACGACGCCGGUGUGAGCACGAGGUCCCUCGAGAGAGGAUGAGAUCACUCGAGAGAGACAGAAGUCUCGCGUGUCAAGUGUGUGGGGCGUGAGAAUUUUUUUUUGCUGAAUCAGAAAAGCAGUCUAUACUUGUUUUCCAUUCUUCCUCGCAGUAACUCAAUCACAGCUGUCUGCACGAUGAGUGCUCAGCGAGGCUUUCCCUGCGCUGAAAACGCUGUGUCGCCAUUUGACGCGCAGUUCGUCGCCUGUCGAACAAUACCUUCACAGGAAACUUGCGAAAAAAGCUGUUGCUUGGGUUCCCUUCUCUGAAGACUUUCCUGUUCCUCUGCCCUCGUUGUUUCUUCUGUCUCUUCAGCUCCUCUCCUUCCGUUCCUCCUCCUUCAUUUCUCUUCUUUUCCUUCGCUUUCUCCUGUUCCUUCUCUUCUCCCCUUCCCCUUUCCUUCUUCUUCUUCGUCCGGAAAUCUGCUCCUCUUCCUGUUUCGUCUUCUUCUCUUCUCCAAAUUUCCAUCUCUCCCUCUCCUCUCCUUUUCCUCUUUUCUUCUUCUUCUGUCUCUGUCUUUCCUCUUUCUCCUCAGGUCCUUCCCCGUCUUCUUCUCUCGAUUGCUUCUCUUUCCGUGUCUCUCUCUCCGUCGCUUUUCCAAGAUGUCGCGUUUGGUCUCGACUUCGGGGCGGCCAGUGAAUCCUGGAGACAUCUGCCCGAUUCGCUCGACUGUCCGUACACCUCCUUCCUCUCCCCUGCCGCUCUUCCCCGCAGUGCCCUUUCUGGUCCAUCCCCACCGGCCCGUGCUUUUCUGGUGUACGUCCACCUCGCUGUACGCGUACGACUUCCUCGCACACAAGUGGAUGCUCCCCAGCGACGCCAGUUCUUCUCCUUCAGGACCUUCUUCACACUCUCAGACCUCGUCACUUUCCUCUUUGCAGCAUGCACUCCCCGUGGCUGCGGCCGACUGCGUGUGUCAAGGCUGCGGCGCGACAAGCUCUAGGCUGCGGUCGUCCGGAAGGCGCGAGCGAGAGCAGCCUGGGUGUCUGGUACGAGCAACAGCCUCGAAGGCCGGGGGCGAGGCAGGAGACAGCGCAACAGAGGACGCGGGGGCUGCGAACGCAGAAAAGAGCCAGAGAAGCAGGUGUCUCUGGGUGACGGCGGGAGAAGACAAGUACGUACACCUGGUCUCCGACGUGGACUUCCGGCUUUUGCAGAAACGGCAGCAGCGGAAGAAACUGAGUGCUGCGGUCUUUCUCCUCAAGUCGUCUUCCUCGUCAGACAGGCCGUCUGCGACGGAUCACGGAGAGACCUCGCGGCAACUCUGCGGCUCGGCUGCGCAGGAGACCGAGAACGGAGAUCGCAGUGAGGAAGGCCCGUUGCCGCUUCUCCUCGCCGACAAAUUCGGGGAUGUCUACCAUUUAAGCGAUUGCUGGCGGAUGCAGGCAUCUCAGGCGCUUGCUGGGGACCGCCUCGUCAAACGCAUGCAGUCGCUCGCGAGUGUCCACGGAUUGCGGACGCGAGACGCGCCGGCAGCUGAGGAGAUACCCACAGAAGAGCCUGCAGCCGAGACAGAGUCUCUGGGCGUCAAUCCGAUGGCCGCUGAGUCCGUCGACGCCUCCGCGGGCACAGCGGGCACCGAGCCGGAGCCGGGGAACGACUCGGAGAGUUUGCCUGAUGCAGUGUCUGUACACCCCAAUCUCGGCGAGGAGGACGACGAAGAGGGCGGCGAGGACAUCCCCAUCAUUUCUCACCUCACCACGAUCACUGUGCUCAAGGUGGUGGACGUUUUUUCGAGUGUGGGCGACAGUUCGAGAGCCCCCUUGUCUGCGGCUUCAGGUGCGUCGGUGGAAGCGACGGGAGAAGGAAGGCGAGAGGGAACGCGACAAACGCUUUUGAUCACAGCCGACCGCGACGAGAAAGUUCGCGUCUGCUUCUUGGACCAGCCGUGGAGCGUCGAGAGCUUCUUCCUCGGCCACGGUGACUUCGUCACAGACGUCGUCGUUCUCUCAAACUUCGCCGACUCGCUGGGAGACGCCCAGAGGGGGGACGCUCGUACCGGGACAGUCAUGAAGGCGGUCAGCACAGAUGCCGCACCCGGCGACGCAGGACGCGAGAUCGAAGGAGCCAAUUCGAGGACUCGCUUUCUGCGGCAGGCCGUUGCCUCUUGCGCGGGCGACGGCACUGUGAAGCUGUGGCGCCUGGCUGACGGGAUGCCUCUCUCAGACAACUCUGAGGUUCUCCUGGAGCCCCAAAACCUUUUCGACGAACCUGCGUGUGCUGUGGUGCGCGCCCACGCCCUCGGGGGCCGACGCGCAGAAGCCGAGGGCCGAGGAGAACAGAAUCCAGGAGAGGAAAACGAGGCUCGCGGCCUGCCGCAGAAACUCGCCCACCCGGUCGGACUCAACGAGGAUGUUCUCCUUCCCGCCGCGCUCCUCCACGACGCCGACCAGAGUCUCCUCAUUGUCCAGUGUCUCGCUCUGAAGGGGCUCCUGCUCUUUCCGCUCGACGCGAACACUGGAGGAGGCACGUCUUCGACUGUAUGUACACCUGGCGCCGGGUUGAUGGGUCGGAAGCCGUUCUUCCUGCCGCUGCCCGCAGUGCCGGCGGCAACUCUCCUGCUGCGACACUCAGUCGCAGAGGUGGAGAAGGCGCCUGCACUGAGUGCGACUGCGUCUCUUCUGCGAGCGUUUCUGGCAGCGUCCCCCGGCAAACAACCGCCGCUUCCAGAUGCUUCUUCGGAGUUCGACCUGCCUUUCGUGUGGUGGAUCGACGACGCAGGCCGCCUCCGGCCGCCCGUCGCGGUGUCUCUGCCUCUCUUGGCUUUCGCAGAAAGCCGACAGGUGAACGAGCCUCAGUUCGCCUCUCAGGUGCUUCCCUAUCUAAGCGGAAAUGCAGACGAGUGCUUCUUCCCAGCCCCCGCAGAUGGCGCAAGGCCGAACUAUCUGUAUUUGUGGAAAAGUACGCGGUCGCCGACAUGCCCCACGGACGAGGAGCGCCGUGCCAAGCGACUUCGUCACAAGCAUCUGCAGCAGCAACAGCAGCAAGAAAUCCAGGAGAGAUCGAAGCGUUCGAGUGGGAAAAGUCUCGCCGCUGCGCGUGCGUCGAGCUGACUGUGGUGCAGCAGACAUGUCUAGGUUGAAGACGUUUGUCACGUAAGCGUGUGCGUUCGGAGUGUCGGACGGUUGCCCAACGCCUGCCCCAAGCAAGAGGACACAGAGUGCCGUGCUGCCGCUGGGGAUACCAAAGGACUCUGUUUUCGUGAGAAACAGUGGAGAGUGACCGGUGGCCAGAGAAGGACUGUGGGGGAGUCGUACAUACGGCAGGAGCAAGUCAGGGUGGAAAGGUCGUAUUCUCUUCCGAGACGCAAAUAUAAAAACCACUACAUUUUAUGUCCCGUUUGUCGAAACCUUGUCUCUGUGUGCAGCGC